AUGUCUAGGCACUUCGGUAUAGCCCUCACUCCAUGGGAUGUUCUAUGGAGUACAAAAUUUCAGUACAAGAAGUAUAUUAUAUUCGUGACUGCUAUUGCUAUCACUUAUGUCGUCUCUAUGGUCCCAAAUGUGUUCGCUCUAGAACAAAUCCAAUACUUGGAAAGGGUCAAUCCACUCAAUGUUGGAUUCCCAUACAACUUCAUUGGGCCCGACACCAGGGAGACGGGGGAUGCGACUGGAUUGCUGGCGGCAAACACUAAGUUAGCGUUCUUGCCAGCUUUGAAGGCGAUCUCUCCAUCCUAG